AUGGGUGGGGCGCCUAAGAGUUUUCGUUUCUUGGACGUUUGGAGGUCACAUGCGGAUUUUCAUAAUGUAGUUCGUCAAGCGUGGGAGGUGGAGUGUGAUGGGCGGCCCAUUUGGGUUCUACUCGAGAAGUUAAAGGCGGUCAAGCAGGCUUUGCGUACAUGGAAUAAGGAGACAUUUGGCAACAUUUUUUACCGUGUCAAGGAAGAUGAGGCAACAGUGUUGGCACUGGAACGCUCUUUGGAGGAGUGUCCCUCGGGGGAGGGUGAAUUCCAGCUCCUCCGGGCGCAAGGGGCGCUCAAGAUGUCCCUGUUACGGGAGGCCGCUUACUGGCGUCAGAAGGCACGGCUUCGGUGGCUUAGGGAAGGCGAUGCCAAUUCCAAAUUUUUCCAUGCGCAAGUAAAGCAGCGGAGGGCUCGGUCUUUCAUCCAUCGGAUAAAGGAUACGAAUGGGGUAUGGACGGAAGAGCCUUCCAGGAUUGAAGAGAUGGCGACCACUUUCUUUGCGGACAUUUUGUCGCAACCAAGACAUGGGCCGAUGGAUCUUUCGAUGCUAGAGGUUAUACCUUCGGUUAUCACUGUGCAAGAUAACAUGGAGCUCAAGCAGUUUCCGACGGAGGAGGAAGUCAAGGCUGUGGUUUUUCAACUAGAUGGUGGUAAUAGUCCGGGUCCGGAUGGUUUCACAGGAUCAUUCUUCACUUCAUGUUGGGAUAUUGUGAAGGGGGAGGUUUAUCGGGCUGUUUGUGAUUUUUUUACAGGUGCGGAGCUGUCUUGGGGGUACACUGCUACGUGA